CUGUCCGUGGGUUCAUCCAGCGUUUUAUACCGACUCAAGCCGAUCUUCCCUCGUCAACACCGUCGCCAUCACACACAUCACAGCUAAGACACGAGUGAUCUCCCAGCUAGUCGCGGACGUUCCUUCGCAGACCCAAGAGUCUUGGUUGCCGCAGAUAUUACUCUCAAACUUUUCCGUUCACGGAAGCCGGUGUCAGUCUCUCUUUCGUGCGCACACUGCAUUCGUUAGCCAGCCAACCGUACGCUCUUGCCGCAGCAGGAAGCAGGCAGCAAGGAGAACGGAAGAGAACCAGAGAGGGCGAGAAAGAGGAUAGACGAGAUCGAGAGCAGCGAGCGAGCAGGGGGAACCAGAGAAGCAUGGAGCCGUUUUUCAGCAGCGACUGUCGCGAGAUCCUUAUAGCCGUCGAUAACAGCGAAGGAUCGGAGCUGGCUUUCAACUGGGCGCUCCGGAAUUACUGCAAACGGCACGACCACGUGCGGCUCAUACACGUCGUCAGAAAUUUCAACGACGCCAUCGGCUCGCUCCCAAAGGAGGCGAUUUCGUGUUUGGAGCAGCAGGCGAUGACGUCAGCGCGCGCCGUCGUUGAGAAAUACAUGCGCCGAUGCGCCCACGCCGAUGUGGACUGCGAUUGGCGGAUAGCGUGUGGCGACGAGAGGGACCUGAUUUGCCGGGAGGUGAUGCGCGUGUGCGCUGACGUGCUCAUCGUUGGGACCAGAAGCCUGCCGCCUGUGAAAAAAGCUCUCCUUGGCUCCGUCAGCGAAUUCUGCGCCCACCACAGUGCAUGUCCCGUCAUCAUUGUGCGCCCCAAGGAAACCAAGCCGGAGCUUCUUGCUGCACAGUGAUACAUAGGCAAUCUAAGCUAGGGUAGAGCAAUGAUACCAUGAAGGGAGAGUAAUGUUGCUGGUUUGAUAUUGAAUGAUAAGUGUAGGCCUACUGACUGCACUUCAUGCAGUCCCACAAAUCCUCAUGUAAAUUUAAAUGACGUCAAAGAGACGUACCAGUACUACCAGAGUGAUUGUCACUGAAAUAUGUCGGUAUAAGCAAUUCCAGAAGA